UUAUUUGAACAAUAGCUUACUCCAUUUAUUCAACCAACUUGCUUCAUCCAUAUUUUCUUUCUUCUUUUGUAAUAUUGUUUCAUGAUUAUAAUGAUAAGUUGGAUGGACAGACGAGCCAUUUUCAAAACGUGUUGCGAUCAUCCAUUACCUCUGUUGCUGUAUCCACCAAAGACUCAGAAGCUGGUCUCCAGGGGUACCAGGUUUUGCACAAUGCACAGCAAUGAUAAUAAUAAAACACAAGAGAAGAAGGAGAAUAAGGGCAAAGACAAAAAAGGACUCGAAAUUGCAGGGUAUUCCAUUGAAGGGGUGUCCAUUGGGGGUCAAGAGACGUGUGUGAUUGUGCCUGCUUUGAAAAUGGCUUUCGACAUUGGGCGCUGCCCGCAAAGGGCCAUUCCCCAAGAUUUCCUCUUCAUUUCCCACGGUCACAUGGAUCAUAUUGGUGGACUUCCCAUGUAUGUUGCAACUCGUGGUCUAUACAGAAUGAGGCCUCCGACAAUUUUUGUCUCAGCAGACAUAAAAGAACAUGUUGAAAAGCUAUUUGAAGUUCAUAGAGCAAUGGAUCACUCAGAGCUCAAUCACAAUCUAAUAGCUUUGAAUGUGGGGGAGGACUAUCAAAUAAGAAAGGACUUGAUUGUGAGGCCAUUUAAGACAUAUCAUGCUAUACCAAGCCAGGGAUAUAUUAUCUAUUCAGUUAAGCAGAAACUAAAGAAGGAAUAUCACGGUUUGCAAGGAAAUGAUAUAAAAAAGCUGAAGUUGUCAGGUGUGGAGAUCACAGACACCAUAAAGUCACCAGAGAUUGCAUUCACAGGAGAUACAAUGUCUGACUUUAUAUUCGAUCCUAAUAAUAUUGAUGUAUUGCGAGCAAAGGUUCUUAUUAUGGAGGCUACCUUUGUGGAUGAUGCAAUGAGCGUUGAGCAUGCACGAGAUUAUGGUCAUAUCCAUUUGUCUGAGGUUGUAAAUCAUGCAGACCAAUUUCAAAAUCAGGCAAUCCUGUUCAUCCACUUCUCCGCACGCUAUACGGCUGAGGAAAUCAAGGAAGCAAUGACGAACUUACCCUCAACUUUGGCGGGAAGAGUUUUCGCACUCACUGAAGGAUUUUGAUUUGAGAAUUGAAAAUUCAUAAUUUAUUUUAUUUAUCUUUGUAAUUUUGUAAUAAAAAAUUAUUACACCAGAGUUUCAUCAUUUUAAUUAAUUAUUAAACUGGGCACAAAUGAAUGAGUUGUAAUACCUGAAUCGAUCUCAACAGGGGAAAUUUUGUAAUAUGUUAAAUACAUAGAUAUCAUGCCAAUGUAGAAUCUUUCUUGUCUAAAAUAUGACUUGUAUUUCUUCAAAUCUAUACAUAAGGUUUUCACAAAUUAGUGUCACGUUAAUGGGUGCCUUUGGCAACCCGUAUUUAUAAGAAGCUGGUUUAUUCAA